ACCUCCUCGACUACAGUUCCUACUUCCUGGAUACGCGCUCAGAAAAACAGCCAGGUUGGACUUGUUAUUAUCAUCCUACAACGAGUUUCCGUCAACCUGUAGCUUGUACACGCACGAAGACGACAUUUUCCAGCCAUAAAUAAACGUUUAAUAUCACGAAAUUACUGAUGAUAACGUAAAAUAGGACCGGGAGGCGGAGGGCGCAGAAGUCGCAGAGAAAGAGCGCCACGUCAUUGAUCGGCGGAGGGGGCAGAAAAACACACCCGGAAUUUAGUCCGAGCCCCCGCCUUGAACCCAGGGAUUAGUCGUUUACAGUUCACCGCUAGCCUUCUUCGGUGUGUUGUUGUGUGUGUUUUGACUCACCGAGAGAGAAGACCAGUCGACAAGCGGCUCCAAAAUGACGGCGUCUAACUCGGGUCUCAUCAUGAACGUGGUGAACAGCAUUGUCGGAGUCAGCGUGCUCACCAUGCCCUUCUGCUUCAAACAGUGUGGGAUAGUGCUGGGGACAAUGCUGCUGUUCUUCUGUUCGUGGAUGACCCACAAGUCUUGCAUGUUCCUGGUCCACACGGCCAGCAACACCAAACGAAGGACCUAUGCUGGACUGGCCUUCCAUGCUUACGGGAAACCAGGAAAAACACUCGUGGAGACGAGUAUGAUUGGGUUGAUGUUGGGGACCUGUAUUGCCUUCUACGUUGUUAUUGCUGAUUUGGGCUCAAAUUUCUUCGCUCAGCUGUUGGGUUUACAGGUGACCGGCAGUUUCCGUGUGCUGUUGCUGAUUGCUGUGUCUCUGUUCAUCGUGCUCCCUCUGAGUCUGCAGAGGAACAUGAUGUCCUCCAUCCAGUCCUUCUCUGCUAUGGCUCUCAUCUUCUACACCCUCUUCAUGUUCACGAUAGUGUUGUCGUCUCUGCGCUACGGCAUAAUCUCGGGCUCCUGGGUGGAGCGGGUUCACCUGUGGCGCUUCAAGGGCGUCAUUCAGUGCCUGCCCAUUAUCGCCACAACCUUCUGCUGUCACCCGCAGGUGCUGCCGACCUACGACAGCCUGGACGAGCCAUCCGUCAAACGCAUGAGCACCAUCUUCACCUCGGCCCUCAACGUAGUCACCAUCUUCUACAUCACCGUGGGGUUCUUUGGCUAUGUCAGCUUCACAGAAAACAUUGCGGGCAACGUGCUGAUGAACUUCCCCUCCAACCUGGUGACGGAAAUGAUCCGUGUGGGCUUUAUGAUGUCUGUGGCCGUCGGAUUCCCCAUGAUGAUCUUGCCCUGCCGCCAGGCCAUCAACACCAUGCUUUUUGAGCAGCAGCAGAAGGAUGGGACGUUUGCUGCCGGGGGAUACAUGCCUCCUCUGCGCUUCAAGAUGAUCACCCUCUGCAUUGUGUUUGGCACCAUGCUGGGAGGCAUUCUCAUUCCCAACGUGGAAACCAUUCUAGGUCUGACUGGAGCCACCAUGGGCAGCCUCAUCUGCUUCAUAUGCCCCGCUCUAAUCUACAGGAAAAUCCAGAAGAACAGCAUCAUCUCUCAGCUGGUGCUCUGGGUGGGUCUGGGCAUCCUGCUCAUCAGCACCUUUACCACUCUCUCAAUUUCGGCAAGUAGCCCUGGCACCAGAGUCCCGGCUCCGCCUCCUCCAGCACCCGACAAGAACAACGUGCCGCUGCCCGGCCCCCAUGAACUGCACGAUAAUCCUCCAAACAAGAAGCCAGUGGAAAUAGAAAAGCCUGAUCUCCCAGCUGCUGUAGAGGUGGUACAACCUGUGGAGAGAGACCAGGCUGAGCCUCCACAGAUUAAGGGACCAGUGGAAGUACCUGAGAGGAAGAAGGAGGAAGAGGUGCAGUUGGACCGUCCUGAUGCUGGUGUCGCGGUGCCUGAGGGAGAGGCCCAUCGCCACGAACCACCCAUCCCUCAUGAUGAGGUCAAAGUAGACAUAAGAAAGGAGGAUGAGAAAGAACCUGCUGGAGUAGGAGGAGGAGGAGGAGAGGAAGAACCCAACAAAGAUGAAGAGCAUGGUUUAGGUCACGCUGUGAAGGCAGAGGACAAAAAAGACAAGAAGGCUGAAGAGAAUCCAAAGCCUGCAGACGUUAUUGUGAAGAGAGAGGAGGUGGAUUUGGGUGGAGGUGAGGUCCUGUCCAAUGAGGUGCUAGAGAAGCCAGUGGGAGAGGCAGGCAAGAAGCAGGACGUUCCCUCACUCAAGGAAGUGGAGAGGCUCGAUCCUGUUAAAGACCCUCUGGGAGGGAAUGCAGUGGUGGUGGCCAAACCGGCUGUGGUGGUGGAUAAAGUGGGCAAAGCUGCAGAAGCUGCAGGGAAACCUCAACUUCCUGAUGGAGAACAACAUCCUGCUGCAGAAGAGGCUCCAGCUGCAGACACAGCAGACGAAAAGAUGGACGAGGGCCAGCUCGACCACGCGGUGCUGCUGCAGGUGAUUAAGGAGCAACAGGAACAACAGAAGAGACUUCUAGACCAGCAGGAAAAACUACUGGCUGUCAUAGAGGAGCAACACAAGGAAAUCCACCAGAAACAGCCUGCUGGUGCUGCUGAAGGUGAGGCAGAGAAAGGCAUCCAGGAGCACUUGGAAGCGAUGGAAGGUGGAGCAGCCAAGCCCAAAGACUCUGGCUUGGCCUCAGAGUUGAAGCAGUCCAAGGAAGCAGCUGUAGCUGAAGUGGGAGCUCCACAAGGUGGAGUGGUUGGGCCUCACGCUGUGGCCCAGAACCAAGCUCAGGCUGGGGAUAAGGUUGCAGAGGCAGGGGCGCCUAAAGGAGCUGUUCCAGCUGCUUACAAGGAGGAUGUUCAUGUUGUGCCUGGAGGAGAAAGUCAUAAACAGAAUGAGCUAGGGGCGAGGGGAGUGCCACUGGGAAGGAAAAGACAAGAUGACCAUCAACCUGUGCCUAAAAAUGAUCAGGUAGCUCAACUUAAAGGUGAAGAAAGAAGCCUGGACAGGGAAAAAGAGAAAAUUGAAAAUGUUAAAAUACAGAAGAUAGAAAAAGAGAUUCAGGCAAGACUGGAAAAAGAACAGCUGGAAAAGAUGGCCAAAGAGCAGGAAUUAAAGAGGGAAAGGAUAGAGAAAGAAGUGCAGGCAAGGCUGGAAAAAGAACAGCUGGAGAGGGAAAGACAGGAAAAGCUGGCUAAAGAACAGCAGUUGGAGAAGGAGAGAAUAGAGAAAGAAGUGCAGGCAAUGGUGGAAAAAGAACGAGUGGAAAGGGAGAGAAGAGAGAAGCUGGCCAAAGAACAGGAGCUGGAGAAAGAAAGAGCAGAAAGAGAAAGGCUCGCACAGGAGAAACUGGCACUGCAGAAAGCUGCAGAAGAGAGACUCCAGCAGGAGUUAGAGAAAGCAGACAAUGAAAUACUUGAGAGAGCGAGAAAAGAGAAGGAGGCAGAGGAGGCUCGAGAGAGGCUGGCCCAGCUGGAGCGAGCCGUAGAAGCCCAAAAAGCUGAAAAACCUGCACACGGGGCUGAGCGAGAAGACGGCGAAGCUUUGAAGAAUGGAGGACGAGACCUCAAAGAGAGAGUUGCUGCUCAGGCGGACCCCAGAGAAGGUGCAGAAGACGGGGCUGUCAAAGCCGAGGCUCGCCCCCAGGGCUCCCACGAGAAGGUCAGGGACCAGGGGGAGAUGGAUCUAAGGCGGAGGCGCAGGGCAGUGGGACCUAAAGAGGCUGGAGGGCCCCCAGAGGAGACCAGGGUGUCCAGGGGGGUGCCUGGGCUGGAGCCCCUGCUGGAGCUGGGAGGCUCAGACCUGCACGCGGCCCUGGAGGAGCAGCUACUGGCCGGGGCAAUGGUGCACUCGCGGCAGAUUAAACAGACCUCAGAGGAUGAGGGAGCGAAAUAACAUACAUCAGACACAAACACACAGAUGCUCAUUUAAUGGUCAGGGUGCAAGUUCACACAUACUACACACCUGCAGGACCUUCUAAUACUGUGGACCAUGAUAUUGUUGCCUUACAUUCUCUCUUGCCUUCAUGGACAAAGAGGAACGUUUUCUCUUUCUUGAUAUUAUGUACUCUGGAAAUAACCAAAGUCUUUAUUAAACAGCAAAGUGUAUGUAAAUAUUAACUUAUUUUUGUCUGGUGGCAGAGAAUUUUGAAAAAUGUAUUGUUGAAAUGUAUAUAAAUCUAUGCAAGUACUGUUAGAUGGAGUGUUUUGACAGGGCAAAUCAUGUUUGUAUGUGAGUCACUUUAAUGUGUUUUUUUAUUCACCAGCUUGUGGAUUCUGCCUUUCUGUAUGAUCCGUUGUUUGUGCUGAGUGUUUGUUAAAGGCAUUGCAGUGUUUAUCUGUUAGUCUGAGAUGUAAAUAUUGUAAAUCUGUUAGGUUUCAUUUCAUUGAUCAAUGUUCAGGGGGUCUUUGAACCUACAUUUACCACACAGUAGAUGAAGUGUGGAUUCAAGCCCUUUUAUAAGUGUUGAUUCAUUAUACUUUCAAAUGAAAGUCACUGAAUCCAACCUCAUGCUGGAGCUACGAGGUAUACAGUGUAGCCUUACUGGCUGAUAAACUGUGGACCCUGAAGCAGCUUGAUCCAGAACAUAUGGAUCCACGACUGUAGUUACUAAUCAUUCCAUCUUAAAUAUACCUUCCUUGUUGAUUUAUUAGUGCCUUCCAAUCCAUAUGCUGCUGCAGUAGUGAUGGUUUUUCAAAACAAACUAUGGCAGUUUCUUUCAACUAGUGGUCUUUUUUCUUCCACAUGACCCCUCUUACUGUAAAUGGUACAGUAAUUUUAAUAUAUAAGAUUUGUACAUUGUGUUCAGGACAGUGGAAAGAAAUCUGGACCAUGUUAUUAGUGCUUCUUAGUAAUACAACUUUUCUGAAAAUUCCUAUGUUAGCACUUCAACAUGUUGGACCUUUGCUUUGUACAAGAGGCUAUUUUUCUGACUAUUUUUCUAGAUGCAUUUUGUUUCUGUACAUUUUGGUGACAAGAAUAAAUAAAAGAUAUGUUACAACCAUG